UUAAGUGCGGGUAGGUAGUAGUGGGUAGCAAGUGAAUGAUUGGGAGCCAUAGGUUAUUGUACAUGUACUGUAUGUCACGGUGAAAGAGUACUGAAGUAACUGGGGAGGAAAACUCAUUUUUUGGAUGGUGGGGUUUUGAUGGCAUCCUACUGAAGAUGAAACAUCAAUGAUGCAAGAAGUUUGGGUCCUGUGGAACUGCUCUCAGCUGGACAAGUGAGCAUACUGAGUGCCUGUCCAACCUUGGGCAAGACCACCAGACCAGCAAGAUGAAGGUGAAAUGGACCAAGUUAGGCAUGGUGGUUUUCUUGCUGAUAUCCUUGGUCAUGACGGGAUGCUUUAUUUGGCAGUACAGGAUGCCAAAAUUAAAAAUCGACAAUGUUGUGAACAUUGAGGUGAAGGAGGAAAAGAUGUGCCCUCGUUUCCCUGAGCCAGUACUCCUGGAACACCCCAUCCCUGCGCUUAAGGAAGCAUUAGAAAAGAUAGACGUUGUCCUAAGGUUAAGUAUUCAUGAAGCUAGACUACCAGCUCUGUCUGCCAUCAUUGUCUUCAACGACUCUGUGUUGUGGAAUGGAAACUUUGGCAGAAGGAAUGGGAGUGAUCCCUCCUCGCCUCCACCCAACGAAUACACAGUGUACAGAAUCGCUAGUCUCUCGAAGAUCUUCCCGACACUGAUGCUGUACAAGCUAUGGGAGGAGGGGAAGGUGGCCUCCUUGGAUGACCCUCUGGAGAAGUAUGCAGCAAACUUCACCAUCAAGAACCCGCUGGGGAAGCGGCGGGAAGUUGUGGAUGUCAAGGCUGGUUCUGACAGAGAUACCCAGCCACGCUCUCCCUCUGUCACCCUUCGCAGGAUGGCCAGUCAGCUCUCUGGGUUACCCAGGCGGCUUCGGGCAACAAAUCUACUCUGGGAUGGAGACACAGAGGCUGCUAUAUAUCUGUUACAGGAUGAUGUCCUAGUGGCAGACCCAGGCACCAAAUGUCACUACAGCAACGUGGCCUUCUCUUUAUUGGCUAACGUCUUGGCCGAGAACUUUGCGAAAUCUGACUACGAAAGCUGGGUGUCCGACAACAUCCUGGAGCAGCUGGGGAUGGAGGACACAGGCUUUGAUAUCACCCCAGCCAUUCAGAGCCAGAUGGCGGUGGGCGUGUACAGCAGUGGCCAAUCGGCACCCCUCUACGACCUGGGCUGGUAUCGGCCCGCUGGCCAGAUGUACUCCACGGUGGCCGACAUGGCCAAACUGGCCAUGGUGCUUCUGGGGGCCUACAGCCGACCCCUCCUCCAACAGGACACCCUGAAGACCCUGCUGACCCCUCUGUUCCGCUGCCACCAGGGCUACUUUGCCAACUACACCGGCACACCCUGGGAGGUCAACGAGCAGCUGGGCUACGAGGUGGUUCGUAAGGACGGAGACCUGGACGGCUACGCCACCACCUUCUCCCUGGUUCCCCGGCUGAAGCUGGGCCUGGUGGUGCUGAUGGCCGGGGUGAGGCCACCAGCAAUGGAUGGGGAUCUGGUCACCCAGGCCUACAGCCAUCUCAUCCCAGCCAUGGAGAGCGCCUUCAGGGACGCACAGCGCAAGCUCUCGCCACCGCCCGACCCCACGCCCUAUGUGGGCCUCUUCACCUACCAGAACAUGACCUUCUAUGAAAUAAAGGCGAGCUUGGGCGGGGUGUUGGUCAUGCAGCAGUUUGGGCCCCAGGUGGACACCAUGGUGCCGGCCAAGUACAGGACUAUCAGGCUUGACUUCCUGCAGGAGAGGGUGUUCAGGGUGGUGUUCGAGGGGGAGUACCCCUGCAAGCUGAAGGUCAACAGCAUGUCAGUGUCUCUGGAGACCCAGGACAGGCAACUCUUUAACUUCUAUUAUUUCAACAAGAAGGGCGUGUCGCCUGGAUUCGACUCCCCUGGACUCAACACUUACAAAGUGCUCCGGAUAGCUCGACGGCCAAUCUUCAACAGUUAAACCCUGAACUGUUUUUAUGGUAUGGAAUCACAGAUGGAAUUCUGGAUUUGAAGUGGAUCACUUCAGAGCCUGAACAGUUUGCAGAGACUUUCAAAUGCCUGUUUUUGAAUGUGUAUGAGGUGACAUGAAUGAGUAAAUGUUUGUUUUUCCUACAGUGAAUGUCAGAGGGCCUUGUUAUUGUUUUCCGGAAAGUAGUGCAGUUGUAAGUAAUUUUAUAAUGAUCUUAUCUUCAAUAUCAAUUGUCUUCCAUGCAAAUAUCAUGUUGUGUCUCGCAUGAAGUUCUUCUUCUUGAAUGAUCCAUCAUUAAGAUUUCAUGAAGGUUAAAUUAAAUGGGUGUGCGUUAUAUUGUUUGUUGUUAUACUGUGGUGACACAUUCUUUCUGAUAUGCUUGUUAUCUUCUUACUUCAAUGAUAGAAGCUGCCGUCACUAUGACAGUUAUUUGUCUCACAACAAAAUAUGAUUGUUUUGAAAAUUAUAUAAGCUAAUGUCCACUUUUCUCACUUUUAAUUAAUUUAAGUGCCUCAAAUGACUUUGGAAAAGAAAAUCCUGUUGUCUAAAUGUUUUGGCUCCACAGGUUAGAGGGCAAGUGCAGAGCUCCCUGGCCUAAAGGAAAACUCCACCCAAAAACUAUAUUUUGGUAUUUGUUUCAUUAGUAAUCAAGUUUUCAAGAUAUGUAACUUUCAAAAUACAGUAAUACUGCCAGUAUGAUGCAUUUCGCAUCAUAUGAUGCUGUGUUUUGCUUCAUACAAAAUUGAGUAUAGGUAUGCAUAUAUUUUUUCAUUUUAUUGUAGUGAAACAAAAUUCAAAGAUACUUUGUUUGUCCUUAGACUAUGGUUCAAUUUAGAUUUCCAUCACAGCAAGGAUUUUUGUGUGCAUACAAUACAGUAGAAAGACAAUAAUCAACUCAAUAAGUGUUAAUGCCAAAUGGGUUGAGGGAGAUUAAAGUGAAGAAAUGCUUGAUACCAUACUCUGAGUGUGAGACAAUAGAAGCCAGGACACUCUGUGAACAUACAACUGUGCUUGCUUUACCUGCCAUAUCAACAUUUGACCAGAUAAGCUAUAGGCUGUGGAACACAGGAGGCUGCUGAGGGGAGGACAGCUCAUAAUAAUGGCUGGAAUGGAAUGGAAUCAACCACAUGGAAAACAUGUUUGAUUUGUUCGAUACAAUUCCAUUUAUAUUCUGUUUCAGCAAUUACUAUGAGCCCGUCUUCCCCAAUUAAGGUGUCACCAGCCACUUGUGCUGUGGAAGUGCAAAUGUUGACUCAUGAUAACACUGUAAUUUGUCAAGCAAAGGGUAUUGAUUUCUGAUAUUUCUCAGCAAAUGCUUUUGGAAAGAAAAAUAUCAAAUAAUUUGUCAAUUUUAGGUAAUAAAGCAAAAGGAAGGACGCCAACUUGUGGUUUAGAGACCUAUUUAGUUAGAUGUAAUGUCGCUUACAAAUCGAUCUCCGCAGAUCGAAAUGGCUUGCAUUGAGUGAUAGCCCUGUUUCACGGACACAGUAGUAUUUUUUCUAAACCUUUCCAUCAACUCCUGGCUGAACCCUACAUCACAGCCACUGACAAAGCACAUGCCCGCAAUCGUUACAUCAUAGCGCAGCAGGAGAGAGUGGUUUCAUCAAGGUAGCACAUUUACAGUGGCUUGCAAAAGUAUUC